AUGUCGUCAGUGGUUGUAGAAAGGUCACCAGCCCAGCUGAUACACAGCAUGGUUCGCUCUUUGAAUCUCACAGGACAUGUAGGCUUUGACAGCCUCCCUGAUCAGCUAGUCAACAAAUCUGUAGCCCAGGGCUUUUGCUUCAACAUCCUGUGUGUUGGUGAAACUGGAAUUGGUAAAUCCACCAUGAUGGAUACCCUGUUCAACACCAACUUUGACUCAACGCCCAGUACACAUGACCUGCCCGGGGUGAAGCUCAAAGCCCACACAUAUGAGCUUCGGGAAAAGAAUGUUCUCCUAAAACUGACCUUGGUGGACACAGUCGGAUUUGGAGAUCAAAUUAACAAGGAAGACAGCUGGAAACCAAUUGUUGACUACAUCGAUGCCCAAUUUGAUGCUUUUCUGCACGAGGAGCUGAAGAUCAAACGGAUGCUGCACACGUACCACGACUCCCGUGUUCACGCAUGUCUGUACUUCAUUGCCCCGACUGGCCACUCGUUGAAGGCUCUGGACCUGGUGACCAUGAAGAAACUGGACACCAAGGUCAACAUCAUCCCAGUCAUUGCCAAGUCUGACACCAUCACCAAGACCGAACUGAGCAAGUUCAAGGCCAAGCUGAUGUCAGAGCUUGUGGUCAACGGAGUCCACAUCUACCAGUUCCCCACCGAUGACGAGACGGUUGCAGACACCAACGCUGCCAUGAAUCAACACUUGCCCUUUGCGGUGGUGGGGAGCAACGAUGAGGUCAAGAUUGGCAACAAGUUUGGGCAUCAAAUUAGACGACAUUCUACAAGACAAGAACAUGCAGUAAAACUGCCUCUUGAAAAUGAGAAUCACUGUGACUUUGUGAAGCUGCGAGAAAUGUUGAUUAGAACCAACAUGGAGGAUCUAAGGGAGGUCACUCACUCCAAGCAUUAUGAACUAUACCGUCGCCACAAGCUGGAGGAAAUGGGUUUCUCAGACUCCGAGACCAAAAGCUUGUCGGAGACGUACGAAGAGAAACGCCAGGAGCAUAUCCUCAGUCUACAGAAAAAGGAGGAUGAGAUGAGGCAGAUGUUUGUCAUCCGAGUCAAGGAGAAGGAAGCUGAACUCAAGGAGGCAGAGAAAGAGCUCCACAAUCGCUUUGAUGCACUCAAGAGGCAGCACACAGAAGAGAAGCGCAAGCUGGAGGACAGCAAGAAGAGACUGGAGGAUGAGAUGAACCUCUUCGCCCAGCACAAGGCCCAAGUCCAGGCCCAAGCUUCCACAAUUGGCAAAAAGAAGAAAUAA